GAAGACCCUCCCUCCCCAUCAAGAAGACUCAACACAAUUAGUGUUUUCUCAUCCGUUUUUCUCCUGCUGAUGAAUGAAGGAGUGGAAGUCAGGGGGAGGAACGUCUGCAAGAAUGCUGAUCAUCAGCUAGAGCGUUCCCUGGAAGGAGAUGGCUGCCAACCUGAGUAAGAACGGUCCUGUUUUGAUGGAUGCCUACAAGGAUGUGGUGGAUCCCAAGUCAGGUGUAAACUGGGCCCUGUUUACCUAUGAAGGCAACACCAAUGACAUCCGACUGGCAGAGAAAGGAGAUGGAGGUUUAGAGGAGAUGGUGGAGGAGCUGAACAGCGGGAAGGUGAUGUACGCCUUCUGUCGAGUCCAGGACACCAACUCUGGCAUGCCUAAAUACGUCCUCAUUAACUGGACAGGUGAAGGUGUGAGGGACUCUCGGAAAGGAAUCUGUGCCAACCACGUAAGCUCCAUGGCAGGGUUCCUGAAGGGAGCUCACGUGACCAUAAACGCACGGGGUGAGGAUGACGUGGAGCCAGAGACCAUCUUGGCCGAAGUGGCCAAAGCGUCUGGAGGAAACUUUCAGUUCCAGAAACAAACACAGCAGUACAUAGAACCACCCCGAGGACCUGUGGGUUCUGUUUACCAGAAAGUCAACGCCGUCCAGGAGAUCCAGGAGACCAAGAAGGAUGACUUCUGGCUCCAGGCCCAGAGGGAAGAGGAGGUUCGACGACAGCAGCAGACCAGGAAAGCUGAGCAGGAGAGGCUGAAACUGGAGGAGGAGAGGAGAGAGAUGGAUCAGAGGCAUGCAGAGGAGAGGGAGAGGAGGACCAAGGAAAGGAACCAGAAGAUUGAACAGGAGAGGAUUCAGCAGAAGAAAAAUGAGGAAGAGGAAAGACAAAGGGAGGAGCAGCGGCAGAGCACGCAGGAAAACAGCAGCAGGACGACGGGAAUCAGCGCCGCUGCAUCUGUGCAGAAAGCUAACGAGGCAAAAGCACUCAUUUCUCAGAGGUCCAUUAAUCCCAGAGACAUCUUCAAGCAGAAGGAGAAGAGCUUCGAUGGCAGCAGCGGAGCGCCCGCCGCUACAUCCAGACCGGGGAAGCUCCAGAGUCCCUUUCUCUCUCAGAUAUCAUUCAAAGGUCCGGUUCAACCUGAGACUCCACCAUCUCCUGAUCUGGUCUCUACUCCCUCCUUGACCCCCCUGUCCCCAGUCACGCCUGUCUCACCUGUGCGGCCCAGUUCACCUGCUGCAGCUCAGUCACCUGUACCUGCAGAGACCAGCAGCGCACCUGUUCAACCUGCAGAAGCUGGUUACAUGGAGGAAGAUGAUUGGUCUGAUGAGUUUGAUGAUGAUGCAGAUGAACCAGCUCCAGCAGAACCUCUGGGUCAGGAGGACCUGUACAACGAGCCAGAACCGGUCAGAACCAGCGAGGAUGAUCUGUAUGAAAAUAUAUACCAACUUCCCUUAGAGAAUGAAGACGGUGAUGGGCAGGACGGUGGGCGGGGCCUCAGUGCAAGAGCUCUGUAUGACUACCAGGCUGCCGAUGACACUGAGAUCACAUUUGACCCUGAUGAUGUCAUCACGCACAUCGAGAUGCUGGACGAGGGCUGGUGGAGAGGUUUUGGACCUGACGGACACUAUGGCAUGUUCCCGGCCAACUAUGUGGAGUUUAUCUAGCUGUUAUUCUCGGUUUCAGGUUUUGAAAGACCCAGAGGUUUCUCCUACAUCUGCUUAUUUGUUCUUUCUUAGUUUUUCUGUGUUGCAGUAAUAGUAAAGUCAAAAAAUCAAA